CCCAGUGUCUGGUUUCCUCUCAUUUCCGGGUCUGUCAUGUGACUCUCCGGUCGCGCCAUGGCGGAAGCAGAGGAGCAGGAAACUGGGUCCCUUGAAGAAUCUACAGAUGAGUCUGAGGAAGAAGAGAGCGAAGAGGAACCCAAGCUGAAGUAUGAAAGACUUUCCAAUGGGGUAACUGAAAUUCUUCAGAAGGAUGCAGCUAGCUGCAUGACAGUCCAUGACAAGUUUUUGGCGCUGGGCACACAUUACGGCAAGGUGUGCUUGCUCGAUGUCCAGGGAAACAUCACGCAGAAGUUCGAUGUAAGUCCUGUGAAGAUAAAUCAGAUUAGCUUGGAUGAAAGUGGAGAGCACAUGGGUGUGUGUUCCGAGGAUGGCAAGGUGCAGGUAUUUGGACUGUAUUCUGGAGAAGAAUUUCACGAGACUUUUGACUGUCCCAUUAAAAUAAUUGCUGUGCACCCACAUUUCGUGAGAUCCAGUUGCAAGCAGUUUGUGACUGGAGGAAAGAAGUUGCUACUGUUUGAACGGUCUUGGAUGAACAGGUGGAAGUCUGCUGUUCUGCAUGAAGGGGAAGGGAACAUAAGGAGUGUGAAGUGGAGAGGCCAUCUGAUUGCUUGGGCCAAUAAUAUGGGUGUGAAGAUUUUUGACAUCAUCUCAAAGCAAAGAAUCACCAAUGUACCCCGGGAUGACAUAAGUCUUCGCCCAGACAUGUAUCCCUGCAGCCUCUGCUGGAAGGACAAUGUGACUCUGAUUAUUGGCUGGGGGACUUCUGUCAAGAUAUGCUCAGUGAAGGAACGGCACGCCAGUGAAAUGAGGGAUUUACCAAGUCGAUAUGUUGAAAUAGUGUCUCAGUUUGAAACUGAAUUCUACAUCAGUGGACUUGCACCGCUCUGUGAUCAGCUUGUUGUACUUUCCUACGUAAAGGAGAUUUCAGAAAAAACGGAAAGAGAAUACUGUGCCAGGCCUAGACUGGACAUCAUCCAGCCACUUUCUGAGACUUGUGAAGAGAUCUCUUCUGAUGCUUUGACAGUCAGAGGCUUUCAGGAGAAUGAAUGUAGAGAUUAUCAUUUGGAAUACUCUGAAGGGGAGUCACUUUUUUACAUCGUGAGCCCAAGAGAUGUUGUAGUAGCCAAGGAACGAGACCAAGAUGAUCACAUUGACUGGCUCCUUGAAAAGAAGAAAUACGAAGAAGCAUUGAUGGCAGCUGAAAUUAGCCAAAAAAACAUUAAAAGACAUAAGAUUCUGGAUAUUGGCUUGGCGUAUAUAAAUCACCUGGUGGAGAGAGGAGAUUAUGACAUAGCAGCACGCAAAUGCCAGAAAAUUCUUGGGAAAAAUGCAGCACUCUGGGAAUAUGAAGUUUAUAAAUUUAAAGAAAUUGGACAGCUUAAGGCUAUUAGUCCUUAUUUACCAAGAGGUGAUCCAGUUCUGAAACCACUCAUCUAUGAAAUGAUCUUACAUGAAUUUUUGGAGAGUGAUUAUGAGGGUUUUGCCACAUUGAUCCGAGAAUGGCCUGGAGAUCUGUAUAACAAUUCGGUCAUAGUUCAGGCAGUUCGGGAUCAUCUGAAGAAAGAUACUCAGAACAAGACUUUACUUAAAACCCUGGCAGAACUGUAUACCUAUGACAAGAACUAUGGCAAUGCCCUGGAAAUAUACCUAACUUUAAGACAUAAAGACGUUUUUCAGUUGAUCCACAAGCAUAAUCUUUUCAGUUCUAUCAAGGAUAAAAUUGUUUUAUUAAUGGAUUUUGAUUCAGAGAAAGCUGUUGACAUGCUUUUGGACAAUGAAGAUAAAAUUUCAAUUAAGAAGGUAGUGGAAGAAUUGGAAGACAGACCAGAGUUGCAGCAUGUGUAUUUGCAUAAGCUUUUCAAGAGAGAUCACCAUAAGGGGCAGCGUUACCAUGAAAAACAGAUCAGUCUUUACGCUGAAUAUGAUCGACCAAACUUACUUCCCUUUCUCCGAGACAGUACCCAUUGCCCCCUUGAAAAGGCUCUUGAGAUCUGUCAACAGAGAAACUUUGUGGAAGAGACAGUUUAUCUUCUGAGCCGAAUGGGUAAUAGCCGAAGUGCCCUGAAGAUGAUUAUGGAGGAGUUACAUGAUGUUGAUAAAGCAAUAGAAUUUGCCAAGGAGCAAGAUGAUGGAGAGCUAUGGGAAGAUCUGAUUUUAUAUUCCAUCGACAAACCACCAUUUAUUACUGGCUUGUUAAACAACAUCGGCACACAUGUUGACCCAAUUCUACUUAUUCACCGUAUUAAGGAAGGAAUGGAGAUUCCCAAUUUGAGAGAUUCCUUGGUUAAAAUUCUGCAGGACUACAAUUUGCAAAUUCUGCUUCGUGAAGGCUGCAAGAAGAUUCUCGUAGCUGACUCUUUGUCCUUACUGAAGAAAAUGCACCGAACUCAAAUGAAAGGCGUGCUUGUUGAUGAGGAGAACAUCUGUGAAUCAUGCCUUUCUCCUAUUCUUCCAUCAGAUGCAGCUAAGCCCUUCAGCGUGGUCGUCUUCCAUUGCCGGCAUAUGUUCCACAAGGAGUGCCUGCCCAUGCCCAGCAUGAACUCUGCUGCACAGUUCUGCAACAUCUGCACUGCUAAGAACCGUGGACCAGGAAGUGCAAUUUUGGAGAUGAAAACGUAGCUCGUUUCUGCUUCACAGUCUCCUCGUCAUCGCUCUUUUUGAGACUGUUUCCACAACAACACAAGCAUUUGUUGACACUCAUGCUGUUAAAAGAUUUGUUUAUGUUUAGAUUAUGCUCAAAAACAGUUUCUUUAUCCCUGUACUAGUGGCUUCUCUGCAUUGACAAAGGAUUUGGGGUUCUCCCAUGCUUUGAAAUUUUGGGGUCCAUAGUCAAUAUUUUAUUAUUUAUUUGUUUGGCUCAUUGUUUAUAUAGUAAUGGAAACAUAAGUCUGGGAGUUAGAACUGACUUUUUUAGACCUUAGAAAAACCGUUUAACCAUAAAAUGAACUACUGAGAAUUGUCCCAGCUGCCUGAAAGCGUCACCAACUGAGGUUAUACUGCAAGCUACUACCUACACCUUGGACCUGUUUCCCUGUGCUCUGCCAGCCACCAUUCUUGCAUUCUGGGUUUGACUUUUUUCUAUGUCAUCAACUAUGGUUAUCCUCUAAAUAGGCAUUUAACGAAACAUUGUACAAAUUGUCACUCAUUCGGUGACAUCUGGGAAUACUAUUAGCAGGCUGAUGUCCUGCACCUUUAUGUUUACUAAUCACCUGUUCUGUGUGCCCUGACAACUGGCAGAGUAUCUGGCCAUGGCAAACACUCAACAUUUGUUGAUUGAAUAAAUGUUAGCUCUUCUCAUUG